AUGCAACAAGAGAUUGAAGAUAUCUGUGAGAACAGUGGCCAGCAGGUCAGCACACUCCUUAAGUCCUUGCCUGGGGAUUUUAUCAGGACCAGCAGCUUUCCGAGUACUGACUUUUUGCAGAACCUUCCAAACAGCAGUUGUAUCAAACCUGAGCACCUGCUCAUGAGGGAGAGGAAGAGACUUCCUUGCUGGAAAAUUGUUUGUGGCUUCAAACCAUCCAAAAACAUAUUUAGCUUGUUUAGAGAAUCCGUGUCGAUCUUACACGUCAGGGAAACUGCCUUAUAUCUUCUCUGUUUUUGCUUAUUUCUAGUACUACUUCUUUUAGUACUAUUCUUGGGUGUGCCCAGAUCAGAAAAUCAUCUUACCAAUCUGGAAGAGUGUUUCCAAGAGCCUGAAUAUGAAAACUGGCUGGCUAUUGCCAGACAUGGUCUAAAAAGGACCUUGAAACCUAAGACAAUUGUGAUUGUCGGAGCAGGAAUUAGUGGACUGACUGCUGCCAAAUUACUCAGAGAAGCUGGACACCAGGUUGUGAUUUUGGAAGCCAGUAACCGUGUAGGAGGACGCAUAAUGACUCACCGAAAAGAAGACUGGUAUGUGGAUUUGGGCCCAAUGCGAUUGCCCAAAACCCACAGAAUUGUACGUGAAUACAUUAAAAAGUUCAAACUUCGUCUAAACCCAUUCAAUCAGACUGAUGAGAAUGCCUGGUAUUUCAUUCAAAAUGUCAGACAAAAAAUGAAACCCAACAAUUCUGGAAACUUUGGAUACCAACUUAACCCCAAUGAGAAGGGAAAAUCUGCAAACCAGCUGUUUGAGGAGACGCUGAACAAGGAAGAAUUCUACUGUAUAUUCAUGAGUGACAAAAUUCAGAAUUUCCUCCAUCAAAUAUUUUUUGUAUAUUAGGAAUAUCUCAUCAAAGAAGGAAAUUUGAGCACGGGAGCUGUUGAGAUGAUUGGUGAUUUUUUGAAUGAAGAAGCUGGAUUUCAUAACUCAUUCCUUAUUUCUGUUAUGGAUCAUUUCCUCUUUUUGAAUAACAGAUUUGAUGAAAUUACUGGUGGAUUUGAUCAACUUCCUCAAAGGUUCUUCAAGGAAAUGGUUAAAAUUGUCCAUCUCAAUUGCACGGUGGAGAAGAUACUUCGCAUCAACAACAAAGUGAGAGUCUUCUACAAAUGGUUGUCCAGGCCUACAUCUCUGGUUGCUGACUAUGUCCUCAUCACAGCUACAGCAAGAGCCACACGACUCAUCAAGUUUAUGCCACGUCUUUCCAUUCCCAAGACUCGGGCACUGCGGUCUUUGACUUAUGCAAGUGCUACUAAAAUUGCCUUGAUUUGCACUGAGAAGUUUUGGGAGAAGGAGGGGAUCCACGGAGGGAGAUCGAUCACAGAUCUCCCAUCACGAGUAAUUUACUAUCCAAAUCAUGACUUCCCCCACGGAAUAGGAGUCCUUCUGGCAUCCUAUACUUGGUAUUCUGAUUCUGAGUUUUAUACGGCACUCAGUGAUGAAAAGUGUGUUGAUGUGGUGAUGGAUGACCUUGUAGAAAUCCAUCAAGUAUCUAAAAAAUAUCUCAAAUCGGUCUGUGGCAAAUCUGUGGUGCAAAAAUGGACCCUUGACCAAUACUCUAUGGGAGCAUUCAGCACAUACACCCCAUACCAGAUCACCCAUUAUUCUCAGAUACUGGCCCAAAAUGAAGGGAGGAUCUACUUUGCGGGUGAAUACACAGCUCAUCCACAUGGUUGGAUUGAAACUUCAAUGAAAUCUGCCAUAAGGGAAGCAAUUAAUAUCCACAAUGCAUAAAAGGAGUAAUUUAAUGCGGAAGCAUUUACUGGUUUAUUGAAGAAUAAUUUUCUUACAGAACAAUCAUUUGGCUGUGACUCCA